UACUUCUUAUGCAGCAACCAUCUAAUCAUUACCAGGCAGCAACAUUUCUCCUCGAUCUAUUUUCUUAGGUCCACACGACAAGUGUGGAUGCACCGGGUGAGCAGGAUCUGGCUCGACGUCACAAAAACGGGAUCCUACAGUUGUAGUAGCUCCAUGGGUGGAGGAGAGAAAGACGACCGAUGGGAAAUUUACCAUCGAGAAACAAAACGGUUUCCUCAUUGAUCAACUACGUCGCCAAGAGCCCGACCACGGUUCUAACUUCCUCUUUGGCAACCUCAAAACCUUUCUAGUCGACCCUGACAACGUCCAUUACCCCGAUGGAAGUUGGAUUCACGGAUGGGUUGCGGGCGCUUCUGCCUCGCAUCAUAUUAUACACGAUUCUCGGUACCUUGGUAGCAUGGCUGUAUCAUCUGAUGCGGCCCGCCCUGGAGGCGGCUCUCUCACGCGACUAUCGCAACUUCAGCUGGGUCAGCGGGGAGAGAGGGGUUGGGUCAUUUCUCAAGUCUACAUGGGAUGUUGCGUUCAAGUCCAAGGAGCUGUUCGCGGAAGUUCAUAGCAAAAUCCUCGGAGCCAACCAUGACAACAUCCAUCUGGUUCCUAUCCCGCAUUGUAGCACGGGGUUCAUGCUCAUGGUCCCGAAACAGCUGCUUAACGAAUACGUCCGCCAGCCUGAGAACGAUAUCUCUCUCAAGAGAUACACGUUACAGGCCCUCGUGCCAGACUACACGACGCUGGGCGGGCACAUCGUAGCACACCCGGUUUACAGGAGUGUUGUGCAUAAAGAGCUCUACCAGAAGCUCGCAGACAAGAUGGGCAUGGUAAACGAGGAAAUGACCGCGGCCCUCGACGACGCCGUCGCAUCAAAGGUCGGGGUAAAUGGCGAGGCCAAAAUCAACAUGUGGGAUACGUCAAACCGCAUUCUGAGCCGGUCUGCAAACCGCAUCAUCUCAGGCUAUCCUCUGUGUGAUAACCAAGAGUACGGUGAUGUCACGGCACAGUACGCUGCCACGUUCUUCGCGUCGGCCUUGUACGCCCGUUUCAUCCCCCCUUUUCUUCGCCCGCUGCUACUGCCUCUCCUGUGCCGGCCACUGAUGAGAUGUAUCAAGACAGCAGCCAAGCAUGCGACGCCCAUCAUCAAGGAACGGAUGGUCAUUAUCGAUGCUGCCGAGCAGAAGGGCAUCGAGCCGGAAUUGCCGGUGAGUACCAAAAAAUCGACUUCCACUAUAGAAGACAUUCAAGUUGACAGGAAAUAUUUUCAGAAUGACAUGUUGAGCGCGAUCAUCGUGGCGGCGAAAAAGGACAAUAAUUCAGAAGCUGAAUAUGACCCUAUGGUAAUCGUGGCCAGGAUGAUGGUUCUGAACUUUGUCCAGUCGUACACGAACCUCGUCACCAUGACAAACCUCGUGUUCGACCUCAUCUCGUUGCCGGAAGGUGACUUCGAGACCAUGGUGGCCGACCUACGUGCGGAGAUCAAGCGGGAAAUGGACAAGGGCGACGGCUUUUCUCACAACUUCUUUCAAAGACUCGACCUCAUGGAUUCGUUGAUCCGCGAAAGCAUGCGCUACAACCCCAUUGGCGAGACUGGCCUCGAACGAGCCGUCGAGAAGAAGGGUGGGUUUACCUUUUCCAAUGGAGUGCAUGUUCCGCAGGGCGCCCUGCUCGCAGCCCCGAUCAAGGCCUACCAACGCGACGAGGCGGCUUACCCGGGCGGCUUCAACCCGCGCCGCUCCAUAGAGAACCCGGAGCACCCCAAGAUGACUGACAUUUCCCCGGACUUUCUGAACUUUGGUCUCGGCCGAGGGGCGUGCCCGGGCCGGUUUUUUACGAGCAAUUUGAUCAAGCUGACGCUCACGCAUCUGCUUCUGGACUACGACUUUGUGCGACUGGAGAAGCGGCCGGAAAAUGUCCGCAAGGUUACGCUUGAUGAGCCCUGCGGCCGGCACUUCAUUACCUUGAAGAAAAGAGAUGUUUAG